GUCCCGUGCUCAGCGUCCCCCUCCCCGGUUGGUCAGCUGACCGUCGGUCGGUCUGGUGACUGUCGAACUCCUGGAGCUCGCACUGUCACCUGGAUACCAGCAGGCCGAGGCCGGUCUCUGUGUCCCCGUCACUGGAGCUCCUGACCCGCACUGGUUCCUGCCGUCUCCUCGCUGCCUCUUCUGGAGGCCCCGACAAGCCGAGCUCGUCGCGCCCGCAGUCGGACUCUAACCCUCCGCUCCUCCGGUUGGUCCCAGUCCGAGGCCGGUGAGCUGGUCGACUCUCUCCCGAGCCCCCUGUGACCCCCUGCCGGCCCCCGCGGCCCGCCAUGGCCCUGCUGGAGCUCGCCCUGCAGGGCCUCGCCGUGUUCGGCUUCAUCCUGUUCUUCGUCCUGUGGCUGAUGCACCUCAUGUCCAUCAUCUAUGUGCGUCUCCACCUCCACAAGAAAAGGUCAGAGGUCAAACAGCCGUUUGUGCAGCUGGCAGGAGUCUCUCUGCUGAAGCCUCUGAAGGGCGUCGACCCCAACCUGAUCUCCAACCUGGAGACAUUUUUUACACUGGAUUACCCCAAGGUGACGCUAACUGCCCCCCAUGCAGCUGAUAACCCCUCACUACCAUCUUAA